CCGCAAUAUGCGUGCGGCUGUCUAGAUACGACUCGUUCUGUGCUGAAAACAUACUAGUGGAAUGUAUGCGUUUAUUGUGAUUGUAAAUUGGAUCAGUAUAUUUCGUAAUUUUGCCUUUUGUGCAAAGAACACAAGUAUCAAGACUUAUAUUCAUGAUAUAGGCAAAAAGAUAUUCGAUAUCUUCGUACGGAAGAACUUGCUGUUUAUUGUUUUCACAGUCGGAACUCUGAGGUCACACACAUGUGAAAGAGACAAUGGAUCAAGAUAAGGAUGAUGUUCUCAGCAAAAAGUUAUCAUAUUUAUUACGUCAUGGUGCUGUAAAGAGGGGUCUGUUUAUCAAACCCAAUGGUUUUAUUGCAGUACAAGAAUUAUUGAAGAAAUUACCUAAUUAUACAGUUGAUGAUAUCAAGAGAGUCGUUAGAAACAACAACAAGCAAAGAUUUACUCUUAAUAUUGCUAAUGAUAUCUUAGAGAUCAAAGCAAAUCAAGGUCAUACUAUAAGCGAAAUAACCGAGCUAAGUUUAAAAAUACUUGAGCUUGUAGAAUUCGAUAUAAUUCAUGGAACUUAUUUUAAACACUGGGCAAAGAUAAAGACUGAAGGUCUGUCUCGUAUGAGAAGAAAUCAUAUACAUUUUGCUAAAGAAUUGACUUCCAUCAGUGGUUUACGCAAAAACGCAGAAGUAUUCAUUUAUAUUAAUUUUGAUAAAGCUAAGAAAGAUGGUUUAAUAUUUCUCGAGUCAGAGAAUGGAGUUAUUCUGUGUGCUGGAAAUCCACAAGGAUAUGUCGAAGCAAAAUAUUUUCUGAAAGUGAUCAGCAAAGAUGGUCAAAUAUUAAGUUUUAAUAAGAAGUAGUAGUUCAUG